GGGGCACAGCCGGGGUAACUCCCCAGGCCACGACCAGGGAUGUCUGACAGCGGUGGCAGUGCGGCCGGCUGGGAGGUGUCGGGCAUCCAGCUGCAACCAGAAAUGGCAAGGAUGAGUCUGUUUGGAUCAACGUCAGGGUUUGGUACGGGCGGUACUAGCAUGUUUGGCAGCACGACUGCAGAUAACCAUAAUCCCAUGAAGGAUAUUGAAGUAACAUCUCCACCCGACGACAGCAUAUCAUGUUUAGCGUUUAGUCCGCCAACGUUGCCGGGUAAUUUCCUCAUUGCAGGAUCAUGGGCAAAUGAUGUUCGCUGCUGGGAAGUUCAAGAUAACGGCCAGACAAUCCCAAAGGCUCAGCAGAUGCACACAGGGCCUGUACUGGAUGGCUGCUGGAGUGAUGAUGGGAGUAAAGUAUUUACAGCUUCCUGUGAUAAAACUGCCAAAAUGUGGGAUCUCAACAGUAAUCAAGCUAUUCAGAUUGCACAACAUGAUGCUCCUGUGAAGACUAUCCAUUGGAUUAAAGCACCAAAUUAUAGCUGUGUGAUGACAGGAAGCUGGGAUAAAACUUUGAAGUUCUGGGACACCCGUUCACCAACACCUAUGAUGACAUUGCAGCUCCCUGAAAGAUGUUACUGUGCAGAUGUGGUUCAUCCCAUGGCUGCUGUGGCCACUGCAGAAAGGGGUUUGAUAGUUUAUCAGUUAGAGAAUCAACCUUCUGAAUUUAGAAGAAUAGAAUCUCCUCUUAAACACCAGCAUCGCUGCGUUGCUAUUUUUAAAGACAAAGUGAACAAACCUACUGGAUUUGCCCUUGGAAGUAUUGAAGGCAGAGUAGCUAUUCAUUAUAUCAACCCCCCAAAUCCUGCAAAAGAUAAUUUCACUUUUAAGUGUCAUCGCUCCAAUGGAACAAACACAUCAGCACCUCAGGAUAUCUAUGCUGUAAAUGGGAUAGCAUUUCACCCUGUCCACGGUACUCUUGCAACAGUAGGAUCUGAUGGCAGAUUCAGCUUUUGGGAUAAAGAUGCUCGAACGAAGCUAAAAACAUCAGAACAACUCGACCAGCCAAUAUCUGCUUGUUGUUUCAACCAUAAUGGCAACAUAUUUGCAUAUGCUUCCAGUUAUGACUGGUCAAAGGGUCAUGAAUUUUAUAAUCCCCAAAAGAAAAACUACAUUUUCCUGCGAAAUGCGGCAGAAGAGUUAAAGCCUCGGAAUAAGAAGUAGUGAGUAUGAGUCUGACUUGUGCUCCUCUGCUGGUUUUCUGCCAUUCCUGCCUCUUCUCCACUGCUCUUCUGCCAUUGUGCCCUACAGAUGCAUCACCUUCAGUCAACUUUGGAUCACCAACAUUUGUCAGGGGCUGUACAAAUGACAUUAAAUGUAUUCUGAUUUGCUGGCCGAUGUUUUUUCAGGUUAGAUCUUGCGAUGUGUGUAAGGAAGGACUCGGAUUCAUGUGACUUAAUGUCUGCUCCACAGCAAUAAAGAAAUUGUGGCAAGCUCUUAAAUCUGGGUUAGAUAAUUCCUGCUUAGAAGUGUGACCAUUUGUAUCUAUGGAUUUAUUUUAUUAGUACUACAUUAAAAUAUGUUACUUAUAAUAGUUCUGGAGAAGUUGUAUAAAUACUGUAUUUUUUGUAAGUACUUGAAGAAUUGCAAGUAAUUCUUCUCAAAGGAGACAUGUCAUUAUUCAGGGGCUUCUUUCCUCACUUUCUGACUUUUAAAAUGGAGGUAUUGCCUACUGUAUGCCAGGAAGAAAGGCCUUGCAAAUUGUUUUUCCUCAUUUUUGUUUGGAUUUAGUAGGUAUGUUAAGUGGCAAACAGCAGUGACAGAAACUUGAGACAGAAGAUGGGCACAAUGCAAAUUUUCCUUUAUUCUUUUUCCCUGUACUCCAGUGAUGGACAAGACUUUUGAGCCGACAAUACUCAUGCUUAUUCUAGUCCAAAGGAGAAUGUGUCAGCUGUGCCAAAGGGUAUAUAAUAAUGAGCAAACCAUUAAAGGGUUUGUUUUGUUCAUGACCAAACCAAUGUGUGCAAAAAAUGCUCAAGGCCUAAACUGCUUGAAAUGGACACUUCUAGAGUUAAAAGUUGGUUCUUUUACAUCUCUCUUAACAUGGUUUUUUGUCCCUUAACAGGAGUUUUUGGACGGAAAAAAAGAGUACUCAUUUUUGUACUAACUAGAAAAUAGUGCUGGUGAGUUUGAUCCUGAUAAAAAUGCUGUGAAACAAAACAAAUGAGUCUCUUUCUGACUUAAAUCUACCACUGUUUACUUUUAACUAGCCAGUUGUAUACAUGCCAAAGUUUUUCUUUUCAGAAGUGAAUGCUUAUUAUUCCUAUUCAACUAUUGUUUGUUUGGUAAUGACUAAAUUAAACCGGGGAGCUGCACGCAGAGAAAUACCUGUCAUAUUGUACAAAUUCUGUUGACCUGUCUGUUGUAACACUUCUGGGUAAUGGAUUCUUGCUACGUUUCAAAUAAAAUUUGUACUAAAUGCUUUUUUA